AAAAAAAAAAUGAUAAUGAAGAAAAAGGAAUUGGUCAUAGCCUGAGUCCCAAUCGAGCUAAGCCGGGAAGCUUCUCUGAUCAUCUCCUUCCCAGUUUCAGAAAGGUGGUUCUACUUGCUUGCACUGUUCUCUUCAAUGGUUUCGUUCCUAAGAUGACAGUCAAGGCUGCUGAGGAUAUUCUAAACAUCUAUUAACCUUUUUUGGAGUUAGUUAAAGAGUGUGAUCAAAAAUGGAUGAUGAUAAUGGGCUCGAGCUCAGCUUGGGUCUCUCUUGUGGAGGAGGGAAAGCUAAGGGUAACGUCACUAAUAAUGCUGGAAGCUCCUCGGAGAAGCACAUAGUAGAAGGAGGAGAUAGAAGUGCUAAAGUGAUUGAUGACUUCAAGAACUUCCUUCAUCCUACUUCUCAAAGACCAGCUGAGCCCAGUUCUGGUUCUCAGAGAAGUGAUUCUGGUCAACAACAACCUCCACAGAAUUUCUUCAAUGAUCUCUCCAAACCUCCUACUUCCGACGCUGAAGCUUCCACGAAGCCUUUGUGGGUGGAGGAUGAUACAACACGACAAGAAGGGGGAAACAAAAGAAAGUUUGGGUUUCCUGGGAUGAACGAUGAGAAGAAGAAAGAGAAAGUAGACUCCUCACAUGUUGUUGAUCCGCAAGAGAAGAAGACAAAAGCAUCACAUGUUUCAAACGCUACUGAUGAAGGAUCAACAGCUGAAAACGAAGAUGUAGGAGAAUCUGAAGUAGGUGGUGGUGGUGGUGGUUCUUCCUCCAACCUUGUUAAGGAGGUGGCUCGUCCUACUGCUGAUACAAACGUUGUGGACAACUUAGCCGGUCAAAGGAAGAACAGCCAUGUUGGAUCAGGUGCUGAAGAGAUUACUACAGUCCGCAACAUGAGUUACAACACCAAACCUUUCACUAUUCAUCCACAGAAUGUCGUCACUGGGUUACCUUACACUUUACCUGCAAAAGAGUCUGGACAACAUGCAGCAGCUACAAGUCUAACACAUUCUACUACUAAUGCUGGUAAUAAUCUCCCAGUUAUGUUUGGAUACUCACCUGUUCAGCUUCCUAUGCUGGAUAAGGAUGGUUCAGGUGGCAUUGUUGCCCUUACUCAAUCUCCAUUCGUCAGUAGAGUCCCAUCAAACUCGGCUACUGCGAAAGGCGAGGGGAAACAGCCUGUUGCAGAAGAAGGCUCAUCGGUAGAUGCAUCAGACCGACCAGCAGGAGACAACAACACUGCUUUCUCUUUCGACUUCUCUGCCAUAAAACCUGGAAUGGCAGCAGAUGUGAAGUUUGGAGGAUCUGGGGCACGUCCUAACCUGCCGUGGGUGUCAACCACUGGCUCAGGCCCACACGGUCGAACAAUCUCAGGUGUUACGUAUCGGUACAAUGCAAACGAGAUCAAAAUCGUUUGCGCUUGUCAUGGCUCACACAUGUCUCCGGAGGAGUUUGUCAGGCAUGCAAGCGAGGAGUAUGUUAGUCCUGAGUCAUCUAUGGGAAUAACUGCGGCUUCGGCUCACACCUGAAAAGUCGCCGGAGAAAUGUAAGCAAAUGGAAGAAGGGUUUGUAGUUUCUCUGGGGAAGAAUUCAUUUGUUAUGUUUAUUCUGCUCAGAUGAUACCUAAGGCCAAAGUUUUAUCUGAGCUUUCCACUGUGUGUGUUGUAAUCUCUCUGCUUCUUUUGUUCCUCAUUUCAACUUGUAUCUCUUCACUUCUGUGUAUUACUGUUAGUUUUGUAAGCCUGUCUCUGUUUAUUUUUUGCUUCAAACAAAUAUCUUGAAAAUAAGAAAAUUUACUUUUAUUAGUCUGUGGAUUUGGACUAAAAC